GCGCUUCUCUUUCCUCACCAACUCCCGAGCUGUACACUUCGCCUUUCUGCCCACGCGGCUGAGCUUCCGUUCCCGGAUUCAGUGAUUAAGAUACAGUCCCUGUAUCAAUUAGAUAAAGUUUUAUAAGAAGUUUAGAACACAAGAGCUGCUGUGACCCCGGAUACAGUCAUGACAUCUGAGAUUCUUUCGUGCCACGUUCAUGAAGCGCACGGCUCCAACAGCUGCCUGGACGUAAACCUCGGAGCUCCGACAACAAAGAGGAAAUGUGACUCGUCAACGCAACAGUUAGUCUGAGUCACGCAGUUUUAGCAACUGGGGAUUAAUAACUUCUGUCUGUGUCUGACUUUAUGUUUUCACCGUCGCGUUGACUCACGGACAGACACAUCCAAACUCAUCGACCGGGACAUCUGUCUCCGAGUCUGCUGAGCCCUGCAGCUGCCGUUGUGGGGAGCGGGGCUGCGGCCGGGGUUCUCCGGCCCCUUUCAGGUGAAAGGCGUGGCUCUGGGAGGGAGAGCUUUGUUCAGCCUACACCUGACUGAGAUUCAGUUAACCGAGCAGACCUGGUUGAGCUGAUAGCUGCUGUUAUCUUAUUAAAAUUCUACUAAAUGGAACCGUGUAGUAAGACUGGAGCACAUCUAAGGUCACUCGGACUCUGUGAACCGUAAUGACUUAUAGCACGUAUUUGAGUCUUGACCCCUCGGACAGACUAGAGGAAACUGGGUCAGACUAGUUUUAGUGCUUAUCUGUUUAUUUUAACUGGGAGGUCAUGGCGUUGUCUCAGAUCCAGUGUCUGGACGAGAACCACGUCAACUGGCGCAUUAGCGAGAGCAAGCCAGAGUUUUUCUACAGCGAGGACCAACGACUGGCCCUCGAAGCUCUCAUCACCAAGGGCCGCGAUGCGUUCACGGACUACAUCCAGAAACACGAAGUCAGGGAGUUCCUCUCUGAAAGAGAGCUGGAGCGAGUCACGCGCACCGCGGAGGCGUACCGACCCGGGUACGAACACCACCAGAGGCCAGAGACGCCAGGGCCGGGGAAUUUGACUCCAGGGUCCGGGGAAGAAGCAGAAGACGGGGAGGUGUCUCUCGCAUAUUGGCCAGACCGGUCCGAAGCCUCGGUGGCGGAGUUGGACCUUGGCUGGCCUGAAGCCAUCUCAUACCGAGGGGUCACGCGCGUGACCGUGUACACGCAGCCUCCCACUGAGGGUCACACGCACAUCAAGGAGGUGGUUCGCAAGAGCAUUGCAUCAGCCCAGAAGGUCAUAGCUGUGGUGAUGGAUGUGUUUACAGAUGUGGAUAUCUUUCGAGACCUUCUGGAUGCGUCCUAUAAGCGUAAAAUCCCUGUGUACAUCAUUCUGGAUAUCGCUGCAGUGCCCUGCUUUCUUUCCAUGUGUGGCAGAGCUGAUAUGCACCGAGGGCACCUAAAGAAUCUGCGAGUACGCUGCUGUGGAGGCUUGGAAUUCUUCACACGAUCAGCACAGAAGGUGUGGGGUUCCUUGAAAGAGAAGUUUCUCCUUGUAGAUGGAGACAGAGCCAUCUCCGGCUCAUACAGUUUCACUUGGUCCUCGUCCCGUCUGGACCGGAACCUCAUCACCGUCAUCACAGGGCAGGCAGUGGAGACCUUCGACCUGCAGUUCCGGGAUCUCUACCUCGUGUCCCGGGGAGUGUCCCUGAGCAAGGUUUCCUUGAAGGACGAGCCCAUCCCUGACCCACUCCCUCAGGCGGUGCCGGCUCCUGUCCCGGCUUCUGUCGCAAGGAAGCUCAUCAAUCCCAAAUAUGCACUGGUGGCAGCGGGAAAUCACACCAGUCCUGCCUCCUCUGACCAGAACUCCAGUAAAAAAGAAUCAAACUCUCAGAAUCUUGCUGGGCUGAAGGUGAUGAAAGGACGUCUUAAGGAAGUUACGGAAGAGGCGCCAUUACAUCCAGGUUUAGUCAAUCUGGAGAAAGCCAACUUAAUCCCCUAUCUUCCCACCUGGCCAGAGCCAGACCCCCCGAGUGACGUGAUCGGCUUCAUCAAUAUUAGAGAUGAAAAGAGGGCGCAUCAGGUUCACCUACAGAGGUCAGAAAGGUUCGAGGUUAGUCAGGCUAUUCGCUUCAGUGCACCGCUGACUCAGCCAGUAGCAGCUGAGGAAUCCACCUCAAAUCAGGACGAAAAAGAGCUAAAAACAGAAAAACAUAGCAAUCCUAUAGGUCCUACUGCCAUACUUCCAGCAGAAAACAAGCAAACAGAAUCUCCAGAUUCCCACCAGCAACCAACCACAACUCCACAACAUAAUCUACAACCCCCAAAGCCUCCAACCCAAGCCAAAGUUGCUGCUGAUUCACAGCCUACACUCAGCGCUGGAAAAACUCUCGAUACGGCACAUGCAGGACCUCCUGUCCCAAAACGCCGCACACUGCAGUUAGUCAUAGACCCCACCUCGGCAGAGCACCCUGGUGACGCUCAGGUCACGCUGAUAAAAAUGGAUCAGGUUGAUAAUUUGCACACAGAGCGCGCUCACAAGGAGCUUGUGCCCAACCGCAGCCAGUUAACUUCAAAGAACGAUGGCAGAGACUCUGGCAGCAAUGAAGAGGGGAGCCAAGACAGCACUAAGGUUAUAUGUGACCGAGCAGUCAACGAAGACCCCUCAAGUGUAUCGACGGCAUCAGAGGAGGAGUUCUAUGACUGUCCUCAACAGGAGGCCAGUGACCUGCUGAUCAACGGUGGGCAGACUGGAUCCGGCAGAGGGCAGUCCCACGGAGACGGACUCAACAUGAUGGCUCGCUUCUCUCAGAGUAUGCUGGACCUGCGGGAACCCAGCCAAUCGGAGGGAGGCACUUCCCUCAUUCGUCAGUCCCAGCAACUACGCGGACUGGAACAUGCUUCCCCACACCAGCACCUCGGACAGACCUCAAGGUCUGCAGCUCGUGACGCGAGAAUCAGGGGACCCAAAGUAAUCCUUGCAAAGCCAGGAAGUUUCCACCGCCCACCCCGGACCGCUGGGCUCGUGAUCGGAGGACACCGUUACUGGCAGGGGCAGUUGGUGCCGCCCGACUUGGGCCAGCUGAAGGUGAAGCCCCGCUCUGGGAGGUCGCCACGGAGACACAGCCCUGGAUACAGGAAGACAUCGCCUCAGCCAACAGCUGACCAAAUGGGGUUGUUUGGAGUGUCUCUGUCAAAACUCAACUCCUUUAGAAAUUUGAAAGGGCGAGCAGGAGGAGCAGGAGGCUCUCAGAAAAAAGCCUCUCAGACUAAUAAAGCUGCUAGGUAGAGCAGCGGCUCAGAACAGAGGAGUUUACUGACAAAACUUCCAGUUUGGAAACUGGAAACUUCAGUCUGGACUCAUCUCUGUCAUCUCCAUUUUAAGACCUACAAUGUAACACAGUCUAGGCCUGUUGCAAUAAAUAAAUCAAUUAAUUGCACAAUAAAUUAAAAUGAGCUCAAUAAUAAAAUGAGGGCAGUACUAUUGCUUUUUUGUUUUCGUCAUCUCUCUCUUUCUACCAAAGAGACUGGAUGACAGAAAGCUCAAUUCUGCUGCCUUGAGUUAAUCCUCCCCUCUUGUUUCCUUGGUAACGGCUAAACACAGUUUUCCUCCACUCAGGCUGAACCUGAGUGGAGGUUCAGCCUGUCACACACGGGACAGAUGGCAAAAAUGACAAAUGUUGAACAAUUUUCAACUUUCUUGUGUAGCGCCGCUAGCCUGCGUGUGUGAGCUAGAAAUUUCACAUGAAUGAAUUACGCUGUUCACUCGUCAGGAUGAGUGCAAGUGUCUGUCGCCUGACUGCACCAAACUCCAUAGAAAUGAAUGGAGAGGGAGCAGCGCUGUCUCCAGUUGUCACUGUGUGACCAUUACCAGGAGGUGACCAGGAGCAGUUCCAGUGCCUCAGGCGAACCCCUCCAACAUGUGAAAGCUCUUACAGUUCCAGUGUUAAAUGGUCUUUUGAAAUUAGUUUAUUGACCCUUUAUAGGGUGUAUUUGCAUUGUUAGACAAUUUUUAUGCUAUUAGUUAACAAUGAUCUCAAAAAUGACAAUAUUAUAGUUUAUCAUAAUAAUUUCUGAAACAAAUAAUUGCCCAGCAAAAUUUGUUAUUGUGACAGGCCUACUUACAAGAACUAUUUCUGGUAAGAAGAAAUGUCUGUGACAAAGUAGUUCAUAUUUGUGUCUACAGAAAUGCAGAUGUACCACGGAUCAUUUGUUUUGACCAAAUGACAGAUGUUUUCUCCAUGUGGUUCUACAUCCAGUGAGCUCCAGCAUUCUUCUCUGCCUACACAGACACUUUACUUCCCCCCAAAGCAUGUUGAGCCUGGACUUAUCUCAGUUGCUUUUCUUUUUUCCUUCUAAGUUUGUUCAUAUCCAAUAUGAACAGGUGAAAUGUGUCUGAGUUAUGAGAGAUUGUCUACUUCUGGAAACAAAUCAACCUUUAGCACCAACAGCACUGUGAUUGGUUACAGAAGGCUAUGUUGAUUACUUUUACAUAUUUGACAAAGGUUGUUGAUAACCUGUGCAAAUGUAGAUGUAAUGUCAAGUACUGUUACGGAACCAAACAUUAAUGUUUUAAAUAAAAGGAGAGAUUAUUGCUUAGCCAACUGUUGACUAAAUCAGCCAGAUUCCAAGACUUUUUAAAUGUUUCAAGAAGGGUUAUUAAAGUGUUUGAGAUGCUAUUUUAUGCUUGAAUAGCUUCACUGAUUGGCCAGCUGCACAUACUAGUCUUUUCCAGCAUCCCAUCAGAUUGUUUUCUGCAGAAAAAAAUAAAGUAUAAUAUUGAA